GGAGAAGAUGAUGAUGAUGAUGACGGGACUCGGUAGGCUGUUAGGCGGGUACAUCAGGGAGACUGCCGGGGAGGGAAGCUACUAGCACCAGCCAUCAACCCAACAGACCUUGUCCUCUCGGUCCAAGCUAAGGAAGCUAUAGGCUCUUCGCCAACGACGGGCCCCAGGAGGAGAGCAACGCGGAUUUCGUCGUGGCAGCUUUGUCCUCUCUGAACCUGGUGCAGGCCCGCGAGACGCUGGACGUGUCGGAACCCACCGUCACCACUUCCUCCUCCAUAUCCACUACCACCUUCCUCCUCAACAGCUACAUCAGUCCAGUUACCCGCCUGAGCCCUUAGACGCUCCAUCAACACCACCCCUGACUCCGUCGCCAUCUUGAACGGCCUCCACAACCAGAACGAGGUCCUCAUUUGGACCCGGACAACGAUCGUCCGGAUUGCACCAUGGAUUCCGACGAUGACGCCCAAGAUUAUUUCGAGCCCAGUGCUCUAUUGGAAACGUCCAUCAUGGAAGGGGGCAUGGACGACCAGGGGGAUGAGUCCAGUCAUUUCGCCUCGGCCACCUCGGAUGACGAGGCCAGCCAUUUGGCCAUGAGCGGCGACCAUUUCCUGGACUCGUCCAUGGACGCGAGUUGCUCGGACUUUCCGCCCUUGCCCAAAUUGGAGAUCAGUGACACGAAUCGUGUCAUCUUGGGAUCCACGUGUCCCGUGUGUGAGCAGCCUUUGAAUACCAAACAUUCUCGAGACCAUGUGUCUUGGCAUUUCAUGGAAGAGCUCCGCGCUCAGAUUGUGGUGCCCACCCAGUGUCCAGAGUGUGAUUAUCAAGGUCGUGAAUUAGAGGCCGUGUCCCGCCAUUUGGCCUUGUUCCAUAACAAGCUGGAUGAUUUCUUACUCAACGAUGAGUUGCUUAUGGCCAAGCGGAGCAAGUGCUUGGCCAAGCCCAAAAAGAUCGCCAUUGGGCCCAACUGUAUGAUUUGUGGUAUGGUUGGGCCUUCGAGAGAACAUGUGGCUCGUCAUUUCAUGCCUGAAUUGAUGGACCUCAUUGAUGACCUCCCGGACAAAUUGCAAUGCCCCGACUGUAAAUUCAGGGGAGACUGCCCACAAAAGUUGGCCCGUCAUUUGGCGUUAGUGCAUUCCAAACUCGACGAGCUCUUGUCUAAUCGAGCAUUGGUCGACCAGAGACGUGAUGAAAUUUCCACUAAACCCAUCAAAGUCAGCAUUGGCGAUGUGUGUCCAGUGUGCGAUCACGUCAUUUCCAAACAACACGCCAGAGCCCACGUUAUUUGGCAUUUCAUGGACGAGUUGAAGGAAAUGGUCAACAACUUCGUCGACCCCACGGUAUGUGACUUGUGCCAGUACUCUUGCACAAAGAUGGAAAAAUUGGCCAAGCAUUUGGCUCUAGGUCACUCCAAACUCGAUGAACUUCUCCAAGAUGAAGAUUUGAUUCAAAGAAAACGACUCAAAGUCCUGUCAACGCCGAAGAAAGAGGCCAUGGGAGCCUCGUGUCCAAUUUGUGCCAUUUCCAGUCCCACCCGAGAGCACGUGGCGAGACAUUUCAAUCAGGAACUGAACGAUUACGUGACCACUCUGUCCGAUCCGUACGUGUGCCCGGAAUGUCCCGAGAAGAGUGAAAAGCAUAAGAAUCUUGGCAUUCACUUGGCCUUGGUGCACGGUUUGUUGGACAAGUUCCUGCAAGACCAGAAUCUCAUAGCUGAGAAGAUUGCCUUUCAAGCUUCCAAACCGAAGAAGAUCUCGUUGGGCAUGACCUGUCCAAUUUGUGAUGUGACGUUUUCCAAACCGCAAAAACGAGACCACGUGUUGUGGCAUUUCCUCAAGGAGCUCCGUGACCUCGUCAGAAGUUUUGCAGAUCCUCAACAAUGUGCCCUAUGUGAUUACAAAUCCGAGAAACUAGACAAUAUGGCCCAACAUUUGGCUUUAGGUCAUUCCAAGUUGGAUGACUUCCUCAUGGACGAGGAGCUCGUUCAUCAAAAGAGAUACCUCCAAAGCCUCAAGCCGCAAAAGAUCCAACUUGGACAGACCUGCCCAAUCUGUGACAUGAACGAACCAACUCGAGAGCAUGUGGCCAGACAUCUCAUUGAUGAAUUGCUCACAUUCAUUCCCAAUGCGGAUGGUGAAUACUUUCCUUGUGAACUGUGUGAAUAUCAGACCGACAAAGCCAAACCUUUUGCCAUUCAUUACGGUCUGGUCCAUGGCAACCUCGAUCGUUUGCUCGCGGAUUACGAUUUGAUCGACGCGAAGCGGAACAAUUUCCUGAUGAAACCCAAGAAGAUCACCCUCGGAGUGAAGUGUCCUAUUUGUAACAUCAGCACCAAAGGGACCUCAAGGGACCACGUGUUCUGGCAUUACAUCGAAGAGCUGAAGGCUCAUGUCCAGUCGUUCCCCGAUCAAACUAAGUGUAUUCAGUGCUCGUAUGAAUCGGAAUCCUUUGAAAAGCUGGUUCGCCAUGUGGCCCUUGGUCAUUCCGAGUUGGACAAUCUUCUUCAAGAUGAAGAGUUGCUCCAAAGAAAGCGAGUACAAGCUUUGAGUAAACCCAAGAAAGUCAGUCUCGGGGCUCUAUGUCCGAUCUGCGACUUCAAGGACCCACACCGUGAGCACGUCGCCAGGCAUUUUGGGGAAGAAUUGAAUAAUAUUGUGCUCACUUUCCCGGAUACGACGCAAUGCACCGAUUGCCAGUACACCAACGACAAGAUCAAGAACGUGGCCAUUCAUGUGGCCCUGGUGCACAACAUUCUGGACCAGUUCUUAUCCGACGAAGAGUUGGUGGCUGCCAAACGCGAGGCCAUUAUCAGCCGCCCCAAGCGAGUCGAAAUGGGAACCGAGUGCCCCGUCUGUGAUAUCCCUUUUAAGGGAAAGAAAGGUCGAGACCACGUGGUACGUCACUUCAUGGACGAACUAAAAGACAUGGUCAGGGCCACGGGAUCCACCGACUCUUGUGUGGAAUGUACGUACUCCCCGCCAAAAAGCCCUGAGAAGAUGGCCUACUUGGCUCGACAUUAUGCCUUGGCCCACUACAAACUCGACGAGUUCAUUGGCAACAAGGACCUAGUGGACGAGAAGCGAGAAAAGGCCAAAAAUAAGCCGAAGAGAAUUGAAAUCGGCGAAUGCUGUCCCAUUUGCAACUCGUCCAUUCGGUCCCGCGAUCAUUUGGCCACGCACUUCUUGCCCGAGCUCCUGGAUAUGGCCAAAGAGCUCCCCACCAAGGGCAAAUGCAACCUCUGUGACUAUUCCAAUUCCAAGUUGGACAAUUUUGCCCGCCAUUUGGGCUUGUUCCAUUGCAAACUGGACGAACUCAUGCAGAACGAAGAACUCGUGGCGGCCAAAGUGGUCGAGGCGUCCACGAAGGUCAAGAUCAGGACGCCAUUGAGUAAUGUGUGUGUCAUUUGUUCGAUGACUGCCCCGUCGAGAGAGCACAUGGCUCGCCAUUUCUUCCCCGAGCUUUUGGCCCUAAUCAAAGACACUUCCCCCUCGGGUCUAUCUUGUCCCGAGUGUGAAUUCAGUUCAACGAAAGAAGAAUAUGUGGCCCGCCAUUAUGGAACAGUUCAUCAAAAGAUCGACGUGUUUCUACUCGAUGAGGAGCUAGUCAAGACCAAGGCGGCCGCUUUCGGCAUCACCAAUCCAGUGGCUUAUGAGGAAGAGAUGCCCAUGCGAUCCCGGCCAGUUCGCCAAGCUGCACGAAGAAGCUCUCGACGUCGAGAGAUUUUCGAGAAAGAAGAAGCCGAGGCUUGGAAAGCCAUUGAAGAUUACGAGAAGUCUGACUCGCCGCCAAAGAAGAAGUCCAAGGGCGGAGAAGAUUCUGAAGAAGACAAGAUGAAAAAGCUCCACGCCAGCUCGAGUCUUUUGGAAAAGGCCAUGAUUGUUCAAGGCGUGGACGAGGAAAAGAUUGAUGCCAUGAAUAAGAAGAUCAAAAAUGAGUCCGAAAUCAAGUUGGACAUUCCUCAGACACCGGUUCCGUCCUCGCCCAACGACUCCGAGUCGUCUUAUUCCCAUUCCCAUUCUCUUUUGCGCAAUCGACUCAAGCAAGAAGAGAAUUGUGGGCCCACUUCUUUUCAUGCUCCAGUCGAUCUUGGCAGCCAUAUGCUGGAGGAUCUAUUGAAUCGGCCCAAUGAGGAGGCACAAGAGGACGACGAGGAAGGUGUGGAUCCGCUCGCCGACCAAGAUGAGAUGGAAGGUCAAAAUGAAAGCGUUGCCAUGGAAGUCACUCCUGACAUGAAUAUGAUGAUGUCGAUGAUGGAGCACGAUGACGAAGAGGAACGACCUGUCCAGCCUCCCAAAGCAGCACAUCCUCAGCACAUGAGAACAAAUAAGCCACUUCCCCCGUUAACCAAAAUGGACAACCAAAUCUCGCCAGGGGCCUCGUGCUGUCCGGUGUGUGAUCUGGAUUUUGCCUCUCGGGGUCACAUUGCUGGCCAUUUCAUCGGCGAGAUCACGGAAGUCAUCAACAGCUUCCCCGAUCCCAUGUCGUGUCCCAAGUGUCAAUUCACAAGUUUGGACGGAACCAUUCGCAGCGUGGCCAUUCACAUUGCCGUGGUCCAUUCUCAGUUGGACAAAUACCUCGGUGACAAAGGCUUGAUCGCGCGAAAACGAAGCGAACUGAAAUCCAGCUCGACUUCCAAGAAAACAGACACGCACAAACCAUCACCCGUUGUCAGUGCUCCCAAGAACGCCGCCGCCAAUGCCAAACCUGAGGUGUACACGAGCUGUCCCAUUUGCAACAAGGACCUGAUUCCCACCCGUCCCGAAUUGCGGCGAAGUCAUGUGGCCCUUCAUUUCAAGACCGAGCUUAGCAAGAUGAUCCGCACUCGAGUGAAAGGCAUGUUCAAGUGUCCGGAGUGUCAGGUUCUUGCUCACACAGCGGAAAAGAUUGGCUUGCAUCUGGCCUUGCAACACAACAAGUUGGAACAUCUACUCAGACGCGUGAGGGCUCAGAAGAAAACCAAUCAGUCCCCAGCCCCGAAACCGUCGUCUACGUUGUCUCCACCUGUAGCAUUGCCCGCAGUGCCUUCGUUGCCCAAAGUGCCGCUCCCGCCCAAUAUUCAGCUCACUCCAAUCAAGCCCGUGUUGGCCUUGCCGACUCAUCCAGUCGCACCCGUAGUGCUCUCCUCGGCCCCGUUCAGAUAUCAGGUUGGGAUCAAGUGUCCAUUUUGUGAUUCCAGUCACCCGUCAAGGGAUCACGUGGCCCAGCAUUUCGUGAAGGAAGCCAUGGAACACACACAACAAAUCUCGAUCAACGGCCAAUGUCCGGAAUGUCAGUACAAGAGCGAUAACCGGGAGAACUUCGCUCGCCAUUACUCGCUCGUUCAUGGGCUGUUCGAUCAGUUCAUGAGCAACGGCGAACUCGUGGCACAAAAACGAAUCGAAGUCAAAUCCCAAGGGCCUCCUAAAAUGCAUCUAGGUGACACAUGUAUUAUUUGCGGUGGAGCAAUCCCGAGGAAGAAUAUGCGAUCGCAUGUGGCCGUGCAUUUCUUGGAAGAACUCAAGGAGGCUCUGUCGGAAUUCCCAGACAUGAAGACGUGCGUCCUGUGUGGGAUCCAAAACGAGAGAAAGGACAAAAUGGCCAUUCAUCUAGCCCUCAGUCAUGGGAAGCUGGACGAGCUUCUCCAAGAUAAGGCCAUGAUCGAUAGGAAAAAGAGGGCCAUCCUCAUGAAACCAAACAAGUACACGUUGAAGACCUGCCAGAUUUGCACCCUCGGAAUUCCAACCUAUCAGCACAGUGACCACUUCAUUCGACAUUUCCAACAAGAAUUAUCUCCUUACAUGGACUUGAGUCAGAAGAAGUGCCUUGAGUGUGACUUCGUGUCCCCCAACGAGAGUGGGAUCUUCCACCAUUCGGCCAUGGGUCACGGUCACUUGGAGAACUUCAAGGCUGAUAUCGUCCUGAUGCAAGCCAAGAAAGAUCAGUACCGACCAGCAGAGGUGAAGAAACUAAACUUUGGAUCGGAUUGCCCUCUUUGUCAGAAUCCCUUCACCAACAAGCACAAACGCGACCAUGUUUACUACCACUUCUCUGAGGAGUUUAGACAGAUGGUCCAAGGUUUAGAUAACCCUCAUUCGUGCCCUUUCUGUCCUUACACCAACGUGAAAGAGGAGAACAUGGCCAAGCAUUUGGCUUUUGGUCACUCCAAACUGGACGAGUUCAUGAGCGAUCCCGUUCGUGUUGAGCAGAAGAAGGCCCAACUUGGUGGGAGUGGGCGGACUAUCCGGAAGAAUGUCAUGGAAUGUCCGGUUUGCGGGACUCAAAGUGCCGACCGCAAACACAUUUACUUCCAUUUUGCUGCGGAUUUUGUGGAGAUGCUGAAGGACUUGCCGGACCAGUCUAACUGCUUUGAGUGCGAAUACAAAACCGAUCAGCCCAAGCUCUUCGCCCAGCACUUGGCUCUAUACCACAACAGAUUAGACGAUGUUCUCAACGAUCCUGAAACCAUGGAGCGGAAGAGAAUGGAACUGCACCAUCGUCCCAAGGUUUUGGACCAAUUUUGCGCCAUCUGCGAUCAACCCUACUCGAAGAAAGAGAUCCGUGAGCAUUGCGCCCGUCAUUUCACCGAAGAGGUCACGGCCAUUUACGACAGCUUCGUCGAUCAAUCUGCCUGUGGACUUUGCAAUGGACAGUACAAGUCUCAAAAGAAGACUGGAAUGUUCCGACACAUCGCCCUCGGUCAUGGGAAAUUGGACGAAUUUCUUGCCCAAACAGAGAUGGUCAAUCAAAAGCGCAAAAAUGUGGCCGACUUUGGUUUGGAGCGAUUCCGAGGACCCAUGGUGAAAUGAGUGGAUCCUAAUAUGCUGUCUCCCUUCUCAAACCGUCAAAAUGCUUCGCAAGAUAUCGAAUAAUUUAUCAUGUUUAGAUUGCAGCCAUUGCUACAGAUUUGUACAGACAAUGUGGCGAAGCCUUGCCCUCAAGCUGCCAGAUGUCUACUAACUUCAAAUUCAUUUACGUGUUCGUCCAUGGACAAAGACCGAUUAAAUGUUGGAACGUCCA